CGGCAGGAAGAUUGGCAGACGAAAACGCCGUGAGCGGUAUCGGACACUCCUGAGACAGGCCAAGACUGCAAAGCGGUUGUAACGCCGGAUAAUGGGAAUAAUGGGAAAAAUAAUGUAGAAGUCCUAAGGAGAAACGAUGCAUAUGCAUAUAUCCUAAGGGAAACGCGGUUUGAACCCAUGAGGGUCAUGCUGUUAAGUCGUGUAUGUUGAUGACUGUACCACGGGACCGCUCGGUCGGGCUAAGCUCGACCCAUUCUUUUCUGUUUGGUCGAAAAUUCCGAAUCCGUCAGACGUGCAUAAGAUUCCGAGAAUUAUAAGUAUUACACAGCCAAAUAGUCAGGUAUGCCCGAGCUUGUAGGAGUCAACGUAUGUAACGAACAAACCUUCUGGGUGCCUCUUAUCAUUAUCUACAUUAGCUUCAUCUCUUAGUUCAAACCAUUUGAAUUCUUUGAAUUCCAUUAUCACAGGUGAGGGACCACUGACGAACCGUUAACUUCGUACCAUUUUGACCAGGUCCAGAUGAUGUAUCUUGUUUCUUCAGCGCUAACCUGCUGCAGGAGUGUACGAAAUAGCUCGUGGCCUCGCUUCUUAUUCGGAGCAGCUUGCUAUUUUAGUAAUCAUAAUGGAGUUAAAGACUUUCAAGGCAUAUUGCCAUUUCAAUGUGAGUCUACCACGCCGCCUGUUUAUGCAUGUGAGCUACCUAUGAAGAACGUUACGGACUUAAUCGAGGCCAAUAUUAACAAGGGAACAUGUAAAGUAUGCAGCAGAAUAAUAUGCUAGGUGUUGCCUUUAUGCACAUAAGUUCUAGUAAAGGAAGGUAGAUGGACACUUUUGAUAAAUAAAAUAAUUAUUAAAUCAUUGCAUUAUCCAAUUCGAAUGUGUGACUAAUACGGAUCUUAAGCUUAAGUAAUUUCCUGAAAUGAGUUGGAGCUCGGAGCAACCGCAGCUGCUUAUGCUAAACGUUUCAAUAAUGCCUUAGUUUCUGUAUUCUACGACUUAUUGAAAGCAUUGCUCACAAUAUCUACAUUUACGGCAGAGAAACCUGUAUAGGCGAACCGUACGAUCCAGUGACACUAAAUUUCAUUCAGUUGAAUAACUUACUACUGUUGUUAUUUUUCAUAGUUUUGCCAAUAGUGCUCUGUAACUUACCCAGAGUAGCUUGGCAACACGGACGGCCACCCUUUGUUUAUCUAUCUACACAUCGAAUAGCUUUACAGCGACUGGUUUGCAUUUCGAUACACGGUGUUGUAAACGGUCUGCGGUAUCUAUGCAAGCGCUGAUAUUCAACAAAUAACGCUGUCAUGUUGCUAUGGAUUCCGAUUUCGCUCGUUGCCAUCCAGUUGGAGAAUUCUCAUCAGACCGUACGUGGCCGGUAUGCUCGGUAAACGUUCUCAGUCUGGCGGGUGCAGCUCACCGAGUACGCAACAAUGACCGACGGCAUUAGGAGGACACGAAGCGUUCAGCUAAAGUAUCUUGCUACGCUGCACCAGAUCGGUAAACCGCUGGAGGAACCGAUCAUCGGUAGACACUUCAAGCUGCCGGAACGGCCACGGCCGGCUGAGCAUCCCGUUUUCGAUAUGUCACUGCUAUAUAUCCCAAUCUACUGUCACCUGGUGCUGCACCCACCGGAAGAGAUUGCCCGUCCUGCGACACCGGAGCUCAUUACACGGGCCCGUAUGGAGAAGACGCUGGAAAACUGGCUAGACUGAUAGUGGAUCUUUCCCAGCUUUCAAGGGGCAUGUAAGUGAAACAGUUUUCAACAUCUGUCACUGUGAUUUCGGGGUAUGCAUGGCCCAAUGUGAAUCGUUUGCAACUGAAAA